AGGUUCCCCUACGAUGGCGUGGCGACCCAUUCGUUCGUUCCAUACGCUUUAAUCGAAAGUCAGAUCGCCGCGGACUGCCGCGUCGUCACGCGGACACUCGUCGUCUUUCCCAUCUCUUUUUUUCACUAUUUUCGCCGCAUAACAUUACAAAGGUUUUAAGAAAUGUAUAAAAACGAGUGUUAAAUAAGAGUGAAAAAAUCGAAAUGUAUACUCGUGCGAAGUAACAGUGUAAACAGAAAAGAGAGAGAGAGAGAGAGAGGAUUGUUGGUGUGUUACACAAAGAGACUAUUUACCCGUGUAGGAGGACGGUUCACUGGCCGUACAAAGUACUGGUAAUGUUGAUAGUUCUUAGGUACACAUAUAAGAGCAAGCAUAGUGGUAUGUAUCGUUGAUUUAUUUAAUAAUUAAAUAUCGUUAGUAUACAAUAGUAUUAAAAGGAUCAUAGUAAAGGGAACAUUUAUUGGGCACGUGACAAGAACUAGUGUCUUGCGAACGAGAUAUCAUAUCCUUUCGAUGAGAUCAACGUUCGAGAUUUCUCUUGAAAACAAAAUAGGCCUAGAUUAGCCACCUUGGAACUGUGUGGCGCCAAAUGACGAGGAUCACUGAUAUCAACCGUUUCUACGCAAACGAAAAAACUCGACGAUAGGUAAAAGAGAACACAAAAAGGAACGACACUGUGAAAGAACCUUCCUAACAUCUUUCAAUCGCUAUUCGAACUUUCAUCGUCGUGGAAUAAUAAAUUCAUCAUAUAAAAGUAAUGGAAAUUCGAUAGACGAAAUAAAAUAAAAUAAAAUAAAACGAAAUAGAAAAUCUUUUGAACGCAAACGUCGAAUAUCGGUUAUAUUAAUUAUUGAUCGAGAAAGAAGAAAAAAAAGAAAGAAGGAAAGAAACGAAAAGAAAAGAAAGAGAAAGAGAAAGAAUAGAAAAGAUAAAGAAGAGAAAAGAAAAGGAAGAGACGAGCGAAAGAUACCGAAAGAGGUGUGUGUCAGGGUUGCGUCGGUUCCCUCGAUGACAGUUCAGAAGAAGUUGGAAAAGCACGAAAAUCGGAAGUAGGAGUAAGACUGAAGAGGAAGCUCAAGGCGGAGACGAGAAGACGGAUUGGUGCAAACUCUUAGCCGAGUAGCGCGCGUAUCAACGGUAUAGUCCGGGGGCAUAUACCCAGGGUAUAUGCGUGGUGUAUUAAUAGACAUCGGUAGCUCGUUGGUGGGGGGGACGACGCUUGCUCGAGGGUGAAAAUAGAAAAGAAUGUUUUUGGAAUCCAAUUGGACUUGGUUGGCAGAACGAUGGGUCAAUAUGGCCGACUUGGCCGAGCGGGUGGACGAUCUGAUAUGCAGUUUCGACUCGACUGGUGACACGACCAUGGAUACAUUGUCGAUGCUGAUAUUCGGUUGGAUGUUAUUCGGUCUCGUGGUAUUGUGCGUCGGCAAGUACGUUUACAAUCGUUUUGUCCUAAACGAGCUCGGUACCUCUCGCACCGCGAAGGACGGCCAUGUCUUUCACGGUGAUAGUGUUGUGGUGACGAGUGCUGCUGUAGGUGCUGCUGGUGCCGCCACCGGGGCCAAGUUCCUCGGUCAUCAGGAAAGAUCAAGCAAAUUAUCGGCAUCUUCGGUCGGUGUUGCAUCGAGCUCGAAAACAUCGACUUCGACCGGUCCGAUCGGAGUAAGUGGUGCCGUAUUAGCUGCCGCUAAUACAGCCGCAUCUUUUGGGGGAGGUAGCAGCGGCGCUUCUUCGACUAUUGCCGUGGCACCCGUUCCACCCUCCUCAUCUCCCUCCUCCCCUGGCUACGUCCCACCAACUCCGCCGGUCCGGAAACGACUGACAAGGAAGACUUCCGGUGCUCUUAUCACUCCUGCCAGAAGUUCGAGGGCCCUUCAUUUGCCUACGGCGACCGGUGCCGACGCCGAAGCCGUUCGUUGGGUCAACGAACUGAUCGUCUGGCUGCACUCGGAUCUUGUCAUCCUCAACGAACUUCUCGCCCUUUGGGUGGCUUCUUUGAACGACUUUACCGCCGGUUCCGUCGACGAGCAUGGAGUGGGCGUCGAAUUUGUGCGUGUUCUUCCGGAAACACAUCCUCCAACUCUGUCAAAUAUUUUCUGCGAAUGCGACUCUAAAGACGAUGUGACCAUAACGUGCGACUGCGAGGCAACUCCGGCUCUGCAGUUAAAAGCGUUUCGCCAAAGAGGCGACAAGUUGGAAUCUAGUCACUAUCGUGUCAACGUGAAUCGCUUCCGUGCUCGGCUCAACGUCGUUUGCAUCACCGAGAAACUUCUAAUCGAUCUAAAGUGCGACGGAUGGCCCGAGGUAAAGAUAUCCCUGGCACAGGUAGGAACGAUAAAGAAGGAUUUGGAUGAGAGCCAAUUACAGGAAGUAGUGACGGAAAUUGUGGUUGGUGCUUUGAGAGGUAUCAACGUUCAUCUUAAUCUAUCGCAAUAUCCAACUUGUCCGCGAUUAUGGAGAGAACCACCUACGCAGCCUGGCUUCUCCUUUCCGGUACAUUACGACAGUAUGAGCGGUUCGAACUCGAUGAUACACAAGACAUCGCCUCAACAUCUUCAUACACGUAAUGCAACUUCUGCGGCGCAGCUGCAACAACAACAGCAACAACAACAGCAACAAUAUAUGCCUGGUGAAAAGCGUUUGCUCGUAAAGGUUGUAAAGGCAACUGAACUUGGUGGGCAACAUCCAUCGGUUGAACCAUAUUGCGUUGUUGAAUUAGACGAACCACCGCAAAAGCAUCAAACAUCGAUCAAAAAGGAUACGACCAAUCCGAUAUGGGACGAAGCUUUCUUAUUCGAUGUCAGUCACAACACGACAGAGGUACUACUGGAAGUUUACGACCGCGUAAAUAAGAGCCAAAAAUUCUUGGGUCUCGGAAUAGUAGGGGUCGAAGAACUUCUGGCAAAUCCUAGCCAAAGACAAAUCAUACCGUUACAAGGUAGACCUUACGAGGAGGACGAUGUAACCGGCACCCUCACCGUAGAGUUUCUCUUCAUCGAGGGUGCAGAAGUGCCACAGAUCGGAUCGAAGCCUUACAAAGUGAAGGAGACAAUAAAACCGGUGUCCCCGACUCGUACCUACAAUCCAGCGACCAAUCUCGUCAGCAGCAAUAGUCUUAAUUACAACAAUGGUAACAGCACUCUUAUCUUGUACGACAAUACCACUCUGUCAGACGGGGAUCCUUAUUUGACGAAUGGUAAUGUCGUCGAUUCGCCAUAUAGAAGCGGUCAAACGAACGGUAACAAAGGGACUCUGAUCGUGCACAGCCAGCAAAGGCAAGGAGAGCGACAAGUAGUAAAGGUAGCUUUGACGGAAAAUGGAAAUUGGCAAGAAAUUUCCCCCGAGCACGGUGCAAAGGAUACCAGCAUGACGUCAGGACCGGAGAGUACGCCAAAUUCCUCUAAUUCAGAAGAAAGAGGAAGAACACGAAGAAAACGAAGAGAUUUCUUUGGCACGAUAAAAAAGCGUUUGAGCCGAUCAAAAACGAGAAGUAGAUCGGUGGGACCCGAAGGUGACAUUAAUCACGAGGAUGCACAUUCGAGGUCAAUAUCCGCUGACAGAGCACGAGAUCCUGGAUCAGCACAUUUGUCGAUACCAGGAAGGGAAGAACAUUCAAGGAGAUCAAGUUUAAGCGAAGCGUCCGGCAUUAGCGGGACUUCUACGAGAACUUACGUCAACGAGGCCUCUACUCUCGUUUUAGAAACUUUAGAGAAUGGUAUUAAAAAACAUUAUUUGGUACCACUUUCGCUCGCACAAAAGAGCAAGUGGAGGAAAAAGGGUACGAAACUUCAUAUAUUCAACGAUCACACGUUCAUCGCCAAACACAUGCCAGGAGGUACAGUCUGCGAAAUCUGUAAACGAACGCUUGCUCGAAGAUUAGGUAAACAAGGAUACGAGUGUAGGGACUGUCAAAUGAAAUGCCACAAACAUUGUCACGUUAAAGUAGACACAACGUGUCCUACGUCCACUAUACAGAGCAUCGAAUUGACCUACAUAAAGGUUCCUGAGAUUGAAAGGAAGUCGUCGAUACGUUUAUGCUGAUUGGGAACCUCUACUAUUUAGAUCUAAGCGGUCUUUUUAUUAUUAACAAUUACAAGACGGUAGGAUAAAAAAAGAAGAAGAAGUAGAAGAAGCAGAAGAAGAAGAAGAAGAAAAAGAAGAAGGAAAAAUAGAAAAAUAGAUAAAUUCGGAAAAGAGAGAAAACAAUGGAAAUCAAAGAAAAAUAUUUUAAGCUCGUGAUCGAGUUUUAUGUACUUAUUUAUUUACUUCGAAGAUUAAUUAGGUAAGCACCGUCGAUAAGCUAGAUAAUCUUUUUUUCUUUUUUUCUUUCUUUUUUGUAAAGCAACAUUUUCACUCACUUUCGGUAAAAAAAAAAAA